AUGCUGCGCUGCGGCCUGGCCUGCGAGCGCUGCAGGUGGAUCCUGCCGCUGCUACUGCUUAGCGCCAUCGUCUUUGACAUCAUCGCGCUGGCCGGCCGCGGCUGGCUGCAGUCUAGCGAUGACAGCCAGACGUCCUCGCUGUGGUGGCAUUGUUUACUAGAAGUCUGCGACAGCCUCAUGACGUAUGCUUGGGGAAGGGCAGCCGCCGCCAUGCUGCUCUGCGGUUUCAUCAUCCUGGUGAUCUGCUUCAUCCUCUCCUUCUUUGCCCUCUGUGGACCCCAAAUGCUUGUCUUCCUGAGAGUGAUCGGAGGCCUCCUGGCCCUGGCUGCUGUGUUCCAGAUCAUCUCCCUGGUAAUUUACCCUGUGAAGUACACUCAGACCUUUAACCUUCACCUCAACCCUGCUGUCACUUACAUCUAUAACUGGGCCUAUGGCUUCGGGUGGGCAGCCACUAUUAUCCUGAUCGGCUGCGCCUUCUUCUUCUGUUGCCUCCCCAACUAUGAAGAUGACCUGCUGGGCAAUGCCAAGCCCAGGUACUUCUACACAUCUGCCUAA